AUGUUUCUAUGGCAGUUUCAGAGAAGACAGUGGGAGGCAGCCAGAUUGAGCGAGGAAGUAGAUCUGUCAGAAGAACUCGAUCCUGCUCCAUUUCAUCUCGUGAAGAAGACAUCUCUUUACAAGGUCCACUCGAUCUUCUCGAUGUUGCAACUCAGCAUAGCGUAUGUCACUGAAGGAGGCCGACUGAUUGGUGUUGUCGCACUGAGUGACGUACGCCGAGAACUUGAGCGUUCACAGGAGCGAGCUCACAGAGGAAGAGUCUUGGCGUCUCAUGUCCCAUCCUCGAAAGAAAGAAUUCGCAAACCUCCAAAGAAAGUUUCUACGGUUGUUGACAUUCUUACACCGACGCUCGAGGUUUGUACUUCAAACUUUUUCGCCUAUCCAACGGUAAUGUUUGCUACUGCGUUGGCAUCGAGUCCCGUUCUUUGCAUGAGUCAUAAGCACGAAGAAUGUAUAGCAAGACCGCGACAAUGA